AUGGCGGCGGCGCGCGUCGACGCGGCUCUGCCUCCCGGAGAAGGAUCUGUGGUCAAUUGGUCAGGGCAGGGACUACAGAAAUUAAGUCCAAACUUACCCUGUGAUGUAGAUAUUCAUACUUUAAUUCUGGAUAAAAAUCAAAUUAUUAAAUUGGAAAAUCUUGAGAAAUACAGAAGAUUGAUCCAGUUGUCAGUGGCUAAUAAUCGACUGGUGCGGAUGAUGGGUGUGGCCAAACUGAACCAACUUCGGGUAUUAAAUUUGCCUCAUAAUAGUAUUGGCUAUGUGGAAGGGCUAAAGGAACUGGUACAUUUGGAAUGGCUGAAUUUGGCCGGAAAUAAUCUCAAGGCAAUGGAACAGAUUAACUGCUGCAUAGCUUUACAGCACCUCGAUUUAUCAGAUAAUAAUAUACCCCAGAUAGGGGAUCUUUCUAAAUUAGUAUCUCUAAAGACCCUGCUUUUACAUGGAAACAUCAUCACUUCUCUUAGAUCGGCACCUGCUUAUCUACCCAGAGGUCUUGCUAUUCUUUCUUUGGCAGAAAAUGAAAUACGAGACUUAAAUGAGAUCUCUUUCUUGGCAUCUAUUACUGAAUUGGAGCAGUUGUCGAUCAUGAACAAUCCUUGUGUGAUGGCCACACCUUCCAUUCCAGGGUUUGACUAUCGACCGUACAUAGUUAGCUGGUGCUUAAACCUCCGAGUCCUAGAUGGAUACGUGAUCUCUCAGAAGGAAAGUUUGAAAGCUGAAUGGCUCUAUAGCCAAGGCAAGGGCAGGGCAUAUCGGCCUGGCCAGCACAUUCAACUUGUCCAGUAUUUGGCGGCAGUCUGUCCUCUCACCUCUGCUGCGGGUCUUCAAACUGCUGAGGAUGCCAAAUUAGAGAAGAUUCUGAGCAAGCAGAGGUUUCACCAGAGGCAAUUAAUGAGCCAAAGCCAAAAUGAAGAGUUGUCUACUCUUGCUUCUACUGAAACGAGGAUACCCCUUGUGCCUGAAAAUUCAAGUCCUGUUCAGGAUUGCCAGAUGAUGCAGGAAAAUGAACCUGCCACCCAAGUCAAUUCUUGGGUUGGGACCAGCAGUAACGAUGACCAGUAUUCUGUCAAGAAUGCCUUUGCAGCCUCUUCUGUGCACGCAACCAGAUAUUCUCGAAAUGACUUGCACCUGGAGGACAUACAGACCGAUGAGGACAAGUUAAACUGUAGUCUUCUUUCUUCAGAGUCGACUUUUAUGCCAGUGGCUUCAGGCCUUUCUCCAGUCUCACCCACGGUUGAACUGAGACUACAAGCCAUUAACUUGAGCCAAGAAGGUUCUGGGGUUGCAUAUGAGUCUGUGAAGGGGCUCGAGAACCAUGAAUUGGAUAAGGAAGAGAAGUCUCUCUGGGCUGCAAAUGGGAAUUCUGUUUCAGCGGGGAAAAGGGCCACCAGUAUGGACGUCAGUGGGAAAGGGGAGGUGUUAACUGAUGCAGAGGUGACCAGUGAUGACUUAAAGGAUGUCCUUCACAGUCUUCCCUGUGUUCCGGAGUCAUUCAGGCACAAAUUUCCCCCCACACAGCCAGACAGUGAAGAAACCUUGUCUCAGACACUUCCAGAGAAACUUCCCUGCAGGGUAUUACCCGAGAGAACUGUCACUUUGGGGGAGGAUAAUUCUGCCCUUCAGAAGUCAAACCAGGCAGCCACCAAGCUUCAGGCCUGUUGGCGGGGCUUUUAUGUCAGAAACUACAACCCCCGAGCCAAAGACGUGCGUUACGAGAUCCGACUGCGCCGAAUGCAGGAACACAUUGUCUGCCUCACCGAGGAAAUUGGGAGGCUAAGAAAAGAAAGAGAGGAAGAACGUCUUAAGAAAUUUGUGCAAGAAGAAGCUGUCAAGUUCCUUUGGAACCAGGUAAGAUCUCUUCAAGCUUGGCAACAGUCAGUGGAUCAGCGUCUGAGUGCCUGGUAUACUGAAAUUCCUCCAAUAUCAAGCACUCUGAUGCCAUCAGCCAUUCCGUCAUGCACUCCGAGUCAUGAACUAUCUUCAGAUAAAAAUUCCGAUUGGCUCACGGCUCUGAAUGAAGCUCCCCCAGAAAAAUCCGUACCAGAAUUUCCAGACUCUGGCUUUCAUUCCUCCAUCACGGAACAAGUUCCCUGUUUGCAGGAGUCUUUGGAUUUUGAAAAAAGUUCCACAGAAGGCAGUGAAAGUUCCACAAUGGCGAAUUCUCUUGACACAGUCAAAAAUGGCAAAGACUCCAAUUUUGGGGAUGCCAGUGAAGAAGAACCUGGCGAAUGGAGCAAGGAAAGCUCCAACAACGAGCAGGAUAAUAGUCUGCUGGAACAGUAUCUAACUUCAGUUCAACAGCUAGAAGAUGCUGAUGAAAGGACACAUUUUGAUGAGGGGUCAGGAGAAGACAGUAAGCCUCAGCUAACUCACUCCCAUGAAAAAUUAGAUGCUUUGCCUGACAGUGCUUCUGUAGAUGAUUCUCAUGGCAUUUCGCCUUCUGUGGAAGAUGAAAUCAGUCAGACACCAGAGAAUUGUAAAGUAAAUGCAGAAGUUCAAGACGAGCAGGCAGAAUGUGACUCUUCAUUUCAGGUAUUACAUGUUGGUAUUGCUGUAUAGCAUGUCUGCUUGGUGGGAAGCAGAAGUCCACUGAAGACAUUUUUUUUUUUGGAGUUGACUAUUUCGAAGAGUAUUUCCCUCAAUUUUGUUACUGUUUAUAAGGCUUUAUAUUCUUGUCUUGUAAGUUCUGUAUUCUAAAGACUGACCUGAAUCUCCAUUUUGAUUUUGUUAGCUUUUCACUGUGCUGUAAUGUAGCAAGCAAUAUUUAUAUUGAAAGUUUAUGCACUUUAUUUCCUAACAACCAGAUUGCUUCAUCAGUA